GUCAGAUGGUCAGAUGGUCAAAUCUCAGGAGAGCAGCAGAGAGGUGCGGGAAGAAUGAACAACACGAGAGGAGCAAGAAGACCUUGGAGCAUCUGGGGAACGAUGGUAGUGUCGACAAGAAUGGCCGUUGUUGUUCUUCUCAUGGCUGAUGUGAACAACGCUCUCUCGACUACGUGCAGCCCAGGAACUGUAGCGAACACAGCGACAGCUUGCACACGUCUCUGUGUGAGUCAGCAGGGCCCCAGGCCCAGGCGGUGGUCGAGCUCUGGUCGCCAUGGAAACGAGCGUGCACGUGUCAUGUCACUUGGGUUGUUCGGGUUGGGCGGGGGGGGGAGCGACUGGAAGUCCCGCGAUGGCAGUCCUGCGGUAUCGAAGGCGGAGCGAGCAGUCAACAGCAAUGCCGUGUUCAAAAGGCGUGUGUCACAGUACGCUCAAGGAGCAAUCACGGCAGGUGACCUCGUUCGGUCCCUUGAGCGGGAAGUGGUAGUAUUGAUUCCCGGUUGCGAUCUGGAGGAUGCCGUCGCGGCAGCUCUCGAGGCCACGCCGGACAUGCGCAAGCGGGACCUCCUCUCCAAGGCUAGCGGAGGGAGAGCUAUUGGGCCCGGUGGUUCCACCCGGCGUUUGGGGGCAUCGCGUGGUGGGAGGCCAGACGUUACCGUAGAAGGUGGGCGAGGACAGCAGUAUCUCAUGAGCCAAGGUGGUGCGAGGAUCAGCAGCGGGAAGAGCUCCAUUUUCAACGGGGUGGAGGUGGGAAAGGAGGGCACACCCUUGAAGAUCAAGGUUACGACGCGGUCCAACGUGGCCUUGGUCGCGGCGGAAGUGUCAAACUUGGAGCAGAUCCGUGCACGAAACGGGGCCGGGGCUUUCUCGAAGCAUUUCGUGGGGUUUGAGGAGAAUAUCGACAACUACAACGGCCGGGGAGACUUUGCGAUGGUGAUGCGGGCGGGGAGCACCGACCUUCGCAAGCUGGCAGAAGUCAACGGGGGGGGGCUGUCCCAAAACAAGCUGAGGAAGUACGGCGCAGCCAUGGCCAGCGCCAUGCGAUGUGUUCACAAGGCCGGCCUGGUGUGGACCGACCUCAAGGUGGACAACUUUGUUUUGUGCGAGCGAGAUGAGGCGAAGGCGAUAGACUUGGAGGGUGCCGUGCCAGCGCGUUCAGGGCCCAAGAGCUAUACUCCUGCUACAAUGCCUCCAGACUUUGUCAUCGCAUCCCGGGGUGGGUUCGCUGGUGUGACAGUUGAUCGUAGUUUCGACGUUUGGAGCCUGGGUAUGGCUGUACUGCACUUGUACAUGGGACGGAGCUACUUUCAGGGUAGCAGUGACCCCCAGACCAUCGCCGCGGUCGGACAGCCGCAGUUUACCGUGGAUCUGUCGGGGGUGACGGAUGGCCGUACGAGAGGACUGCUGGAGGGUCUGCUCAACCCAGAUCCCAAGAAACGACUACAAUAUUUUGACUCCGUUAGCUGUCGAUUAGCUCUGUUGUAAUUUGUAUGUGUGCAUCGACCCCCUGGGACCCGUGUCACUUGCUCGUCUUCUUGGGGACGAACAGGGGUUGGAGAGCACUCAGCAUGCCUUGUUCGGGUGAAAAUCACCCUGCGAUAGCAUCUACUUUUCAUUGUGUCAUUGUGAGGCUGGUGUACAUUUUGCGGCCGCGGUUCAACACUCUCGACGAGGAGCAGCGUGGCUCCGUGGAGAGGUGAAGAUUAGGGCAGAGGACCUUACAAGGGUUACAGGGUUCAUCCACCAGCCGACUCGGGCAAAAAAAAGUCAAUUGCUAUUGACUGAGUCUCAACGCAACGGGAUGCAGCGCGAGACAAGUGGAGCAUGUUUCGA